AUGGCGUGGAUUAUUUUAACAUUAGCCGGAAUUCUAGCAUCGUUCUGGUUAAGAUGGCGGUACAAGAACAGACGAAUCAUGACAAUGGCGAGCAAACUGCCAGGUCCACCUACGCUACCAGGGUUAGGAAAUGCUCUGAAAUUUGUCUGCAAACCUGAAGAAUUAAUAACAGUGAUUAAGGACUUAAUGCGCGAGUACGGCGAUGUUAUGAGGUUCUGGCUGGGGCCUGACUUAAAUGUAGUUGUAAGUGACCCGGAUUCUAUUAAGAUAAUCCUUACAAAUAGUAAGAACAGUUACAAAGGUCCACAAUAUAAAUUUAUGGCUCACGUACUGGGAGGUGGAAUACUAAGUGGAUCAGGUCCCUCGUGGAGAAAACACCGCAAGGUCGCCAACCCCAAUUACGGGAAGCGAGCUAUUGAGAGCUAUGAGGCUGUUUUUAAUCGUGAAAUAGAUCAUUUCAUGAUAAAGAUAAGAUCUUUUCCAGUAGACCGACAAUUCGAUAUAUAUCCGUAUAUUGUAAACACUACGAGUUAUGUAGUUUGCCAAACAUUAAUGGGUCUAGAGAAAGAACAAACCAUGAACUUACCUCAUAUACAUUCUAUCAUAGACAUGACGCCACCACUAUACGACAUAGUUUUUGAUAGAAUGACUAAAUGGUAUUUACAAAUAGAACCCAUAUUCUUAAUGACAAAAGAGUAUCAACUGCAGAAACAAUUUAUUGCAAUGAUAACCGACUUUAGUACUAAAAUAGUUGAACAUAGACUAGAAAUGUUGAAGAAUUUACAAAAGGACGAGAUGAAUUUGAUGAAUUCCGAAGAAGACUCUUUGAGAAAUACUGAACUAAGCGUCAUAGAUAGAUUUAUAUUAUCUCAGGAAUUGAAUAGACAGGAAUUAUUAAAAGAAACAUUCACUAUUUUCACAUCUAGCCAGGAGGCCUCAGCAAAAAUAUCAUCAUUUGCCUUAUUGAUGAUGGCGUAUCAUCCGGACUGUCAGGAAAAACUAUAUAAAGAAAUAAAGACUGUUAUCGGUGAUGAAGACCGACAUGUCACUGGUGAAGAUUUGAAACAAAUGCCAUACUUAGAAAUGGUUUUUAAAGAGGUGCUACGUCUUUUUCCAAUUGGAGCUAUGUUGCAACGGACAGCCUCCGAAGAUAUAGUCUUAGAUUCGGGCGUAAUUCCAGCAGGAUCAUCGUUAGUAAUUCCCAUUUAUCACAUUCACCGAGAUCCACGGUUUUGGACGAGACCGGAAGAUUUCGAUCCUGAGAGGUUUAGUCCAGAAAAUUCUAAAUUACGUCAUGCAAAUUGCUACAUACCCUUCAGUUUGGGCCCAAUGGAUUGUUUAGGGAGAUAUUUCGGAACAAAACUAAUAAAGACAAUAGUUGUGAGAGUUCUCCGCGAAUUCGAAGUGACAUCUUUAAAUACUUAUAGAGAUCUACAACUGACCAUAGCCAUAUCUACCGCACCCGUCAAUGGAUUCGACCUCAUGCUGAAGCCAAGAGAAUGA